AUGUGGGUCAAAACUACACUAAUAUUUCUUACUGUAAAUCUGAGUUCCGGUUUGGAAUUUGAUCCGAUGAAAGCAAUGGAGCUACUCAAUGAGUUGAUAGCUCAUCCAAGAGAGGUUAUCGAACAGUUGGAAAAAUACAAAACCAGCGACUUAAUUGCUGCUCUCGGCAUCCACUCGUUUUCCAACUACUCGAUAUCCGAGGAAUGUCAUGAGGAGUUGUCAUUUCUGGGUUACGGUAUGAUUGAUGUGGCGCGGCAUGUGAAACGCCACACCACAAUGGCUCCGUCGACGAUGAGUGAUAAGGAGAGAAGGGAGUACUUGAUUCCGAUGAUGGACGCUGCUGGAAAAAUUGGCUCAGGAAUCGCGCGUGGUCACUUGCUCAGCACCGGCGCCUUCACCGAAUGCAAAACUGUGAACAUUUUCUCCACUAGCCUCAACAGAACCAUCCAAGGAGACUACUAUCGAAUCCUCUUUGACAUCAAAAUGCAACCAAACUCCUUCAAUGGCUCCUGUCAACUUCCACAAAUCGGAGUGGAUAUCUGUCUACCGUACUCUUGUCGGAAUGAGGAUUUGACCGAUUACUUUAGAGCAGCUAUCGGAGUGAGCAAAGAGCUCUCGCCAGUGUGUAGUGUUCGAAAUGUCAACGGCAGGAUUCCAAAUGCCACCACAGGGACUUAUGUAGUGCUCACCGCCCUAUCCCUCAUAGUUCUAGUAUGCAUUACUUCUGGAACUAUCGAUUACUACUACCAAAAUCGGCGAUCUAAACUUGAUUUGGCGCGAAACGAAGAGCUCAACUCAACGGUCGGGUGGAGAGUGUUCAUGGCUUUCUCGUUUUAUAGAAAUGUAAAGGAAAUUUUUAAUAUGCAACAGUGUAAUAAGGAAGGCCAAGUCACCUCACUCAACUGCAUCCGCACCAUCUCCACAGUAUGGGUCAUCCUUGGACACUGUGCGGCUAUCUUCAUUCUUGUUUGCAGCAACCCAGCGGACCUUCUCGACUUCACCAAGACCUAUAUGGGUACUCUGAUGGCCAAUGCUUAUUUCGCUGUCGACACUUUCUUCUUCAUCUCCGCCUUUCUUUUGUCGUUCCUUUGGUUCAAAACUCUUGGAAAACAACGGAAAGCAGUGCUGUCCGCUGGUGGAUGGAUCAUGUUUUAUGUGCAUCGAAUCGCAAGAUUGAGUCCGGUUUACUAUGUGACCAUCAUAUUUUUCACGUUUGUCUAUACACGAAUGAUGCGGGAUAUGCCGUUGUUCAUGUCACCGGCAAUGCACGAUGACACGUGUCGCGACAAUUAUUGGCUGAAUUUGUUGUAUAUCGACAAUUUGGUGGAUCCGGGAAAAAUUUGCUACGUGAUCUCCUGGUACCUGGCCACCGACCUCCAACUCUACAUCAUGAGUCCCCUUAUCCUUCUUAGUUUCGCUGUCGGCGGGAGUCUUAUCGGUCUCCUGGUAGCAAUGCUCGUAUUCUCAGCAUCCACUGCAUUCAACGCUUAUCAAAUGAUCUUUUGGCACUUCCCACCGACCCAAUUCGAUUUGGGACCGAAAGAUCCAAGAUACGAUCCGCAGGCGAGGAGAUACGACCAAUGGAACUAUUAUAACCCGUUGAUCCGCUGCCAGAUUUAUAUAAUGGGACUGGUUUUAGGGUAUUUUAUGAGAAAAACACCAAAGCUGAAUAUCAAUCCGUGGCUCGACCGUGUCAUGUGGAUUUUCUCGUUGAGCUCUAUGGUAUUCGUCGUUUUUAUCAUUCAAGACUACACCUCCGGCCAUCUUUGGUCACCUAUUCAGAACGUGCUCUACAGUUGCUUCAGUCGAGUACUCUGGGGAAUCGCGUUGUCAUGGAUAGUGAUCUCAACGUAUUAUCAAAAAGGACUGAUCAAUGAUUUCAUGAGUCUCCCUUUCUGGACACCCUUGGCUCGGCUAUCAUUCUGUGCGUACUUGAUACAUAUUAUGGUGAUGGGCUACUUUUUUGGGAAGAAUCACUCGGAACUCUACUUCUCUACACUUUCUUAUUUUUUCCUGGACACCGUAAUCCCUGUCACUACCAUCUCCUUUGUCAUUGCUAUAUUCUGGUCGGCUAUGUUUGAGAUACCAUUUGCGAAAAUUGAGGGACUGAUUUUCGGUGGUGCCGGACGGACACGGAAAUCAAGUCUUCCAGCAAAGAAAAUAGAGACACCUACUGAGGAUGUGCAUGUACUUAAAAUUCCAAUCGAAUUUCCGAUGGAAGAUGUAGAAAAUGUUAGGUUUUAA